AUGGAAACUUUCAAGAUGGUCUAGAAUGUGCUCUUUUGUCAUAAGUAUACCAUGUGUAAUGCACUUUCUCCAUUGGUGUUUCCAUACUUAAAAAUAUUAAUACCCAGGGAUUCUUCAUAUCAUUAGGUAGUUUGUUUUUCUUAAGAUUUUUUCAGAUCUUUCUUCUUCUUUAUCCAAGUAUUCAACUCCUUUCUGAAUGUCUUCUACAAAGGAUUCGAUUUCUUAAUAUUCAUUUAUAAAUUCUGGAUUUCGAUAUAUGAAUUAUAACCAAAGAUGAGGGCCAUUAGAAUAGCAGGUUUCUUCCAUAGGUUGAUCCAGAUUUUUAUCAAUUAGUUUUUUGGCGAAUUGAUAAAAGUAAACAAGGGUUUGAUGAUCUUGAAAUUGAACUUUUCUUUGGAUUGUGUCUUCUUUUACAACUUUGAAAUGUUAAAGUAUAAAUUUAUAUUUAAAUAUUCUUUAGUUCAUUGAAUCUAAUUAUAUUUUCUCCCAUUAUUGACGAAAAUAAGUUUGAUAAUGAUUAAUAAAAAUAUUUUAAAUAAUAAAACGCUUAAACCUGA